AGGUGUGUGCUUGUGGUUGACUAGUUAACUGGUGCCGAGAGGACAGCAACCAGAACGGACAGUAACCAGCAACCUUUUUUUUUACUGAAUUAUCUUCACUUUUUAUAUCGCAGUUUGUUGUAGGAGACUCAAAAAUGAAUGCGACUGAAUUUCAGCUGUCUCUGAUUGAGUAUGAUUUCGAGCGUCUCUUUGAUGAGAGGUUUGCUAUUGAGUGGAUGCAGGACAACUGGAAAAAGUCUUUUUUGUUUGGUGCUGUGUAUGUAGUGCUGGUGUUUGGUGGGCAGCACUUCAUGAAGGAAAGACAAAGACUUGACCUACGUAGAUUGUUAAUGCUGUGGUCCCUCAGUUUGGCCAUCUUUAGUAUCGUUGGAGCAGUGAGAACUGGGUGCUUCAUGUUGUACAUGCUCAGAACCAGCGGCUUUAAGCAGUCUGUUUGUGAUCAGAGCUUCUACUAUGGGCCGAUAAGCAAGUUCUGGGCUUGUGCCUUUGUGCUGAGCAAGGCCCCAGAGCUAGGGGACACCAUGUUCAUCGUCUUGCGCAAGCAGCGGCUGAUCUUCCUGCACUGGUAUCAUCACAUUACCGUGCUGGUGUACUCCUGGUAUUCCUACAAAGACCAGGUCGCCGGUGGUGGCUGGUUCAUGACCAUGAAUUACACCGUGCACGCGCUCAUGUACAGCUACUACACUGCUCGAGCUGCUGGAGUCCGUGUGCCAAAAUCCUGCGCCAUCAUCAUCACUUCCUCUCAGAUUGCUCAGAUGGCCAUGGGGCUGGCAGUAAGUGCACUAGUGUACCAAUGGAUGCAGGAUGGGGAUUGCCAUUCUUACAUAGAUAACAUAGUGUGGGCUUCACUCAUGUAUCUCAGCUAUCUGCUCCUCUUCUCUUCUUUCUUUUAUCAGUCUUACAUGAAGGGUUCAAAACAAGCCACAAGCAUAAAAAAUGAGUGAUAUACAGCCCUGAGGUUUGAAUACGAGAUUUUAUUUCUGAUGGUGUACCUUGUUAAAAUGCAUAUUAUUUAUUUCAUUAGGUGAACAAUGAAGAUGUGUGUGUGUGUGUG